CGGCUGUCCCCGCGGCUCUGCGUGCGGAAGAGUUUGCCGCGCGAGCUGCCGGCCUCCCGCAGGAGCCCAGGGACCCGCUCGGCGGCGGCCCAGGAGCGGCGGCCGCGCAGCUCGGAGACCCGCGGUAGCGGCGGAGGCGGCGGCGGCGGCGGCGGCGGCGGCGGCAGCGAGAGCAGCGCCUCCCGCCGCCGCCCGGGAGGAGCUCGCCGCGCCCGCUCGCCGCCUCUGCUCCCAGCGGCGGCGGGAGGCGCGUCUUCCCGGCCCAGUCCUCGUCCGGCCCCGCGGGGCCGCUCCGGCCGCUCCGAGACCUGGAUGAGCCUGGUUCCUGGCAAGCUGGAGAGUGGCCUGAUCUGAUUGGCAUUUCUGAAAUACCACCGUGGCUGCCCUUGAGGACUUCACCGAAGGAAAGACUGCAUAGAAAAUCUAAUGGAUGAAGAUGAGAAAGACAGAGCCAAGAGAGCCUCUCGAAACAAGUCUGAGAAGAAACGACGGGACCAGUUCAAUGUUCUCAUCAAAGAGCUCAGCUCCAUGCUUCCUGGCAACACGCGGAAGAUGGACAAGACCACCGUGCUGGAAAAGGUCAUCGGGUUUUUGCAGAAACACAAUGGUAAAGAAGUCUCAGCACAAACGGAAAUCUGUGACAUUCAGCAAGACUGGAAGCCUUCAUUCCUCAGUAAUGAAGAAUUCACUCAGCUGAUGUUGGAGGCACUGGAUGGCUUCAUUAUCGCUGUGACAACAGAUGGCAGCAUCAUCUAUGUUUCUGACAGCAUCACGCCUCUCCUUGGGCAUCUACCGUCGGAUGUCAUGGAUCAGAAUUUGUUAAAUUUCCUUCCAGAACAAGAACAUUCCGAAGUUUAUAAAAUGCUUUCCUCCCAUAUGCUUGUGACGGAAUCCCCCUCCCCAGAAUUCCUAAAAUCUGACAACGAUUUAGAGUUUUACUGCCACCUUCUCAGAGGCAGCUUGAACCCAAAGGAAUUUCCAACUUAUGAAUACAUAAAAUUUGUAGGAAAUUUUCGAUCUUACAACAAUGUGCCUAGCCCCUCCUGUAAUGGCUUUGACAACGCACUCUCCAGACCCUGCCGCGUAUCACUGGGGAAGGAGGUCUGCUUCAUCGCCACCGUCCGCCUGGCCACACCGCAGUUCUUAAAGGAAAUGUGCAUAGUCGAUGAACCUUUAGAGGAAUUCACUUCAAGGCAUAGCUUGGAAUGGAAAUUUUUAUUUCUGGAUCACAGAGCCCCUCCCAUCAUAGGAUACCUGCCAUUUGAAGUGCUGGGCACCUCGGGCUACGACUACUACCACAUCGAUGACCUGGAGCUGCUGGCCAGGUGCCACCAACACUUGAUGCAGUUUGGCAAAGGGAAAUCGUGUUGCUACCGGUUCCUGACCAAAGGUCAGCAGUGGAUCUGGCUGCAGACCCACUACUACAUCACGUACCACCAGUGGAACUCCAAGCCCGAAUUCAUCGUGUGCACGCACUCGGUGGUCAGUUACGCGGAUGUCCGGGUGGAAAGGAGGCAGGAGCUGGCUUUGGAAGACCCGCCCCCCGAGACCUUGCACCCCUCAGCCAUGAAGGACAAGGGCUCCAGCCUGGACCCGCAGCAGCACUUUGACGCCCUGGACGCGGGCACCACAGGCCUCAACGCCAGUCCUUCACCAUCGGCCUCCUCCAGGAGCUCACGCAAGUCCUCGCACACAGCCAUGUCAGAACCCGCCUCCACUCCGACCAAGCUGAUGGCAGAGGCCAGCACCACGGCUUUGCCAAGAUCGGCCACACUACCCCAGGAGUUACUGGUGCCCGGGCUCAGCCAGGCGGCCACGAUGCCGGCCCCUCUGCCCUCCCCGCCGGCCUGCGACCUCACGCAGCAGCUCCUGCCUCAGACCCUUCUGCCUGCUCCCACGGCACAGUUCUCGACACAGUUCAGCAUGUUCCAGACCAUCAAAGACCAGCUGGAGCAGCGGACCAGGAUCCUGCAGGCCAACAUCCGGUGGCAGCAGGAGGAGCUUCACAAGAUCCAGGAGCAGCUCUGCCUGGUCCAGGACUCCAACGUCCAGAUGUUUCUGCAGCAGCCUGCUGUCUCCCUGAGCUUCAGCAGCGCCCAGCGGCCUGAGGUGCAGCAGCAGCUACAGCAGAGGCCAGCAGCAGUGUCUCAGCCCCAGCUUGUGGCCAGCCCGCAACUUUCGGGGCAGAUCGCCUCAACCCAGGUCACAAACCAGCACCUGCUCAGAGAAUCGAGGGUGAUAUCAACCCAGGGUCUGAAGCCAAUACGGGGUUCCCAGGUGAUGCAGGGCAGCAGCCGUCCAGUGAGCAGCCUGACGGCCCAGUUCAGCAGCCCUGCCGCUGUGCUCCCACCGGGGCUGAGCCUGAGCACACCCACUACGGCCCCCCAGGAUGCCAGCCAGUGCCAGCCCAGCCCCGACUUCAGCCAUGACCGGCAGCUCAGGCUGCUGCUGAGCCAGCCUAUCCAGCCCAUGAUGCCUGGGUCCUGUGACGCGAGGCCACCCUCAGAGGUCAGCAGGACUGGACGACAAGUCAAGUAUGCGCAGGGCCAGGCCGUGUUUCCAGAUCCAGACUCACACCCCACCGGCAGCAGCGCCUCGACCCCCAUCCUGCUGAUGGGGCAGCCAGUGCUCCGGCCCAGCUUCCCCACCUCCCAGCCGCCACCGCUGCAGCCGGCACAGGCCCGGCAGCAGCCGCUGCACUACCUACAGGCAUCGACCUCUUUGCACAGUGAGCAGCCGGACUCGCUACUGCUCUCCACCUACUCCCAACAGCCCGGGACCCUGGGCUACACCCCGCCGCCGCCCGCGCAGCCCCAGCCCGCGCGCCCGCCCCGCAGGGUCAGCCGGCUGUCCGAGUCGUCAGGCCUCCAGCAGCCGCCCCGGUAGUGCCCUGGCACCGGGGUCGGGACGCAAUCAGCUUUAACCAAUGGACGAGGGGGCGGCCACAGGAGGUGGGGAGGGGUUCGAGCUAAACCCUCGGCUUGCGUGCACCCUGCAUACAUUUCAGAAUUCCUGGAUGGUAACCAUCCCUGGAGCGCCCCGCCUGGCACGGUGGAACACAGAUCGGGAAUGCUGGCCAUGCUCCCCUUGCCGACAGGGUUCGGGGCGCCCUCUACAGCCAUACCGGCCGGGAGCCAAAUGCUCGGGGGAGGAGGAAUCGAAAUCCAGUUUACCCGCGGAGAUGGCGCUCCUUGCUGCAUCCCCGCAGCGCGCACCCUGGUCCACCCAGGCCCUAGCUGGCCUUCACUCUCUUGAUCAUCUUUCCUUUGCAUUGGAGAAGGACUGGGUCAGAGAUCUGUUGGUGAGAGAGAGAGAGAGAAAGAAAUUAUUUUUCAUUAUUUUUAAAUGGUGGUUUUUAUUUUCAUUUGCACAGUUGCACAGAGGAAAUAACUAAGGCACUUUCUGUUUAAAAAAAAAAAAAAAGGUCUCAUGACUUCAUUUGGAGACCACAGUAACAAAAACAGCCCACCAAUCAGCGAAGCUGAUUGCUAUUAACCAAGCUGCAGAUUCACACCCUCUGCCUAAACCCUAAUCAAGGAGGCUUCACCCCUGCCCUACUGGUGGCGAUCCCCCACCCAGACAUGACACUGGAUUGUUUCCUGUUUACUUCCUCGAUUGCAACUAUGACAGUAGACUCCAAGUGAAGCACAAUUUUGCAGCUGAUGUUCCAGAAUUCUGUAGAGAACUCUAAGACUAUGAGGGAAGAGGUUUCAUAAGCCAAGCAGCCUGGGGGGCUGCAGUCUCCGGAAAACCCCACCACGUGCUGGCCCUUAGUGAGAAUGCUGCAUCUUCCUACAUAUCUUUCAUGAUAAUUCUGAGGAUUGGAUUUUCCUUUUCAAAAUGCACUUUGCUUUUUUUGUAUGUUUUGUUAUGUUGAGAUGUUUCUAAAGAAAAGAUUUUAUGUAAUUAUCAGAUGAGUGUAGUGAAUUGUACAGCUGUUGUAAUAAUUACCUAUUUCUAUAUAAAAUAAAAUUGUAUGAAUUAUGUGUAAAUUAUUUUGUAUCUGAGACGCCAGUUCCUUCCCCAAAUAUAAAAGUAUAAAAGUUUUCUUGUGUUUUUCUGUG